AGUAAAAAUGGCCGCAGAGCCUUCGGACCCCCGUGGCAGCGCAGGGCGCGUUUUCUUAAGCAGGGCCUGGGAAGACAGGAAAAAGUGUAGAGUUCGUGAGCAUUGAUUGGCAGAAGCACGAAGCGUCCUGGACGCUGAUUGGCUCCGUCCUUCGCGGGAAGGAGUUUGUGGCACCCGCGGGAAGUAGGUGUAGCACUGCGGGCGAAAGGGGGUUCUGAGGAUCCCGGCCAACCCACCAGACGGGAGUCUUCUGGGCGUCUCUCCUGAAGGGAUCGUGACCAAGAUGUGGUUUGGCGGAUCUGAAAGCUAUGGCACUUCUUUUGGCGGAGUCGGCGGCGGCUACACACAGUCCCCGGGGGGCUUCGGCAUGCCGACACCUUCCCAGGCUGAAAAGAAAUCAAGAGCCCGAGCCCAGCACAUUGUACCCUGUACCAUAUCUCAGCUGCUUUCUGCCACCCUGGUCGAUGAAGUGUUCAGAAUUGGGAAGGUUGAGAUUUCACAGGUCACUAUCGUGGGUAUCAUCAGACAUGCAGAGAAGGCUCCAACCAACAUUGUUUACAAAGUAGAUGACAUGACAGCUGCGCCCAUGGAUGUUCGCCAGUGGGUUGACACAGAUGAUGCCAGCAGUGAAAACACAGUGGUUCCUCCAGAAACGUAUGUAAAAGUGGCUGGCCAUCUGAGAUCUUUUCAGAACAAAAAAAGCCUGGUAGCCUUUAAGAUCAUGCCUCUGGAGGAUAUGAAUGAAUUCACCACACAUAUUCUGGAAGUAGUCAACGCACACAUGAUCCUGAGCAAAGCUAACAGCCAGCCCUUAGCAGGGAGAGCAACUAUCAGCAAUCCAGGAAUGGGUGAAGCAGGGAACUUUGGUGGGAAUAGCGCCAUACCAGCAAAUGGCCUCACUGUGGCCCAAAACCAGGUGCUGAGUUUGAUUAAGGCUUGUCCAAGACCAGAAGGAUUAAACUUUCAGGAUCUCAAGAACCAGCUCCAGCACAUGUCUGUAGCCUCAAUAAAGCAAGCUGUAGAUUUUCUUAGCAACGAGGGACACAUCUAUUCCACUGUGGACGACGAUCAUUUUAAAUCCACAGAUGCAGAGUAACUGGGUCUACUUGAGUACCCGAGGUAUUUUCCAGCUGGACCUGUUGUCUCCAGCUGCGCAUGUUUGGCCAAUUGACUUCUAGGGAGUAGCUUUCAGCUAGAAAGGGUCUCAUUUUUGAAAGUUACUGCUCUUCUUUUUUGUUUGUUUGUUUGUUUUUGUUUUUUGAAGCUCCAUUUUGGGCAACUGACAGAAUGUACACCUGGGUGGACUUUCUUAAAGAAGUUUCUUAAAGAAGUUACAACAUCAGCACAAAUGGAAGUGGAAGAGAGAUGCUACCAAGAGAGUGGGGCAGCAUUACUCAAGCUACACCCGGGAGUUUCCACUCCUAACAUGUUUCCUGUUGGAAGAAGAUGAGCAGGACCCAGGGCCUUCAGCGGGGAGCGAGCCAAGAAGCCCCCUAAUCUCUGCCUGCUUUUGUUCCCCCCCUUUGGUUAUAGGGUGUUAUUUUUCAGAAUUGCGCUCUCCUUCACCUCGUCACGGCUGCUGCCGAAAGUGUGUUGUUACGUUCUAGAGUGGUGGCCUCAUGAGGGCAGGAGAGAGCAAGAGAUGUUACUUCGGUUUCAUACAAAAUAAGUGCCCCCAUAUGUCUAAUAAAAUAGUUCUAUUGCAGAAUUUGUGAAAAUGUUCUUCUUCUUCCUAAGCUGGUGUAAUUACUACUGGAUUAUCCGAGGCACGUAGCAUAGCUUGCUUUGGGUUUGAAAUCCUGGCUUUUCCACUUCUAGUUAGGUUCUUGGGCCGGCCACAUCAGUGCUGAGGGCCUCCCAUUUAUUCAUGAGAAGAGAACAGCGUCAGUUCCUAUAGGUCUGUUGUGAAACUCGAGUAAGAUGAUGUUUGUAAAGCAUCAAGCGUUGCCAUUCUGAAUCUUGACUCUGGCAGUAUGUGGUCACGUAGCCGGAUUGAGCGUCGGCCAUUUGACCCCAAGAGGAGACUGUCUGAAGGCCUACAGCUAUUUUGGCCAGCUUAAUCAUUUCCACUUCUUGUGGGAGGGAACACUAGCUCAAAGAUGUUUUUGACAACUCCAGAAUGUAAGCUAUGUCUUGAAUAAAAGAACUAAUUCUGAGGUAAGUUAAUGAGGUAUAACAUGCAAAUAAAAAUUCUGUAACUGC